ACGAGAGGCCUUUACUCUACUCCCCUCUUCUACGACUCGCUCCGCCUCCCGUUGUCCCCUGCUCCUCCCCGCUCCUCCCCAUUUCCUGCCUUCCUUGCUCCCCAGUCCACCGGGCAGCACCGGCAGCCCGAGCCCUACCUCGCCGGUGGCUAUGAACGCGAGCGGGCGCCGGCGCUACACCUCGGAGCAGCUCCUCUUCGAUGUCCCCUCCAAUGCCGGGACGGCUGGCGGUGCCGGCAGGUGGACCCAGCGCGGCGGCCUGCGCCGCGGGGACGGGGAGAUCUUCGUGUCGGUGGACCCAGCGACGCCGGCACGGCUUCGCGGAGGGGACGCGGCGGCUGGGGAGUCUCCGGGGCAGAGGCACCAGCUCAGCCCCGGGCUGCUCGAUCUCCAUGCCUUUGAUACCGAGCUUAUCCCCGAUUUUCAAGUACAAGGAAUGUAUGAUGGUGCUGAAAAGUUUGGUUAUGCCAAUGGAGGAGGCUUUGAAGAUUCGGAUAUGAGCUUCGGUACAGACAAGCAGAUGAGCAAGUCUGCUGUUUUUGCUGAAAGUAACUACCUCAAGGCCUUCCCUGAAAAAGAGAAGGCAGCACCUGUUGCCAAAAUCAAAGUGGUGGUGCGCAAAAGACCUCUGAACAAAAAGGAGAUAUCGAAGAAAGAAGAAGAUAUCAUAGACAUUGAACAAAAUUCUUUGACUGUCCAUGAGACUAAACUUAAGGUUGACCUCACUGAGUAUGUUGAAAAGCAUGGAUUUGUGUUCGACGCUGUUUUGGAUGAGGACGUUUCAAAUGAUGAGGUUUAUCGUGAAACAGUGGAACCGGUGGUUCCUGCUAUUUUUAAUCGUACAAAGGCAACUUGUUUUGCAUAUGGACAAACCGGUAGUGGAAAAACCUACACCAUGAGACCACUUCCUCUAAAGGCAUCCCAAGACAUUUUGAGACUAAUGCACCAUACAUAUCGUAAUCAGGGGUUUCAGUUAUUUUUUAGUUUCUUUGAGAUCUAUGGAGGAAAAUUAUAUGAUCUGCUUAAUGAAAGGAGUAAACUUUGCAUGAGAGAAGAUGGAAAACAGAAAGUUUGCAUUGUUGGUUUACAAGAGUACAGGGUGUCUGAUCUUGAAACUAUCAAGGAGUUGAUUGAGAGAGGUAAUGCCACCAGAAGUACUGGUACAACUGGUGCAAAUGAGGAGUCAUCACGAUCUCAUGCCAUUCUUCAGCUUGCUAUCAAACGGCGUGUUGAUGGCAAUGAGUCUAAGCCACCCAGAUUGGCUGGCAAGUUGUCGUUUAUUGACCUGGCUGGCAGUGAGCGUGGUGCUGAUACAAAUGAAAAUGAUAAACAAACAAGAAUUGAGGGUGCUGAGAUCAAUAAAAGUUUGCUUGCUUUAAAGGAAUGCAUCAGAGCACUUGAUAAUGAUCAGAAUCAUAUUCCCUUCCGUGGUAGCAAGUUGACUGAAGUUUUGCGAGAUUCAUUCAUUGGAGACUCGCGCACUGUCAUGAUAUCAUGCAUUUCCCCUAGUUCUGGCUCUUGUGAACAUACACUGAACACAUUGAGAUAUGCUGAUAGAGUGAAGAGUCUGUCAAAAGGAAGCAACAGCAAGAAAGAUGUGCCUUUGGCUGCUGCACCUUUACGAGAGUCGAGUCCUUCGCCAUUGGCUCCGGUUGUACCCUCUUUCUCUCCAGCCGAGGUAAUGAAUGAUAUCACUGAAAGGGGUAAGUUUGGUUGGCCCAAGCAGCAGUAUGCCAAAGAACAGCCAUCGCCAUCGUAUGUGGAUAGAAUGCCCAAGGGUAGGGAAGACACUGAGUUCAGUUCGGCGAAUACUGGUUAUUUCAACGAACAAAGGAACAGAGGUACUGCAGCAACAGGCAUAGCCGUUGUACCAGGUACACUGUACCAGCAGGGAAGGAAACAGGCACAGAAGGGUAGAGAUCCGGCUUCCGAGAAUAAUAUGAGAAAUUCUGUUGCUUACCCAAUUAGAAGUGCUGUGCCAGACGAAGAUGACCAUCUGAAUGACCUCCUUCAGGAAGAGGAAGAUUUAGUUAGUGUUCACAGAAAGCAGGUGGAAGAGACCCUGGACAUAAUUAAAGAGGAGAUGAACUUACUAAUAGAAGCAGAUCAGCCUGGCAACCAACUGGACGACUACGUUACAAGACUAAGCGGUAUCCUCUCACAGAAAGCUGCUGGAAUUGUGGAUUUACAAGAUCGUCUGGCACAGUUCCAGAGGCGCUUAAACGAGAAUAGCGUGCUGCUAUAUUCCGAGUGCCCUUGAUCAUAAGAGCGGCAUAUUCGUCGCUACCACGUCUCCGAGGGUAAUGAGGAAGUUGGGGACAGAGGCAGCAGAGUCUAUCUGCCCCCAUGAGCUCUGCACCGACGCGGUCUCGCCUUGCGAACGCCGGUGCCGAUGCAGUUCUGAACCCAUAGAUGCGGCGAAAGCAGAACUAGAUGGCUAGUCGACUGCUGCUUUACGGUGGCCUUCUCCGUAACAUAUUUGUUCCCGAGUCUCUCCAUUGUAUGCGUGUGCUUCGUACUUCAGUUUAAUCCAUGUGUAUGUAGAUCCGCGUCACAUGAGUACCCUGCUAUUUUUUCCCGUGCAUGAAGACUCCGGUAUGUCGUUGCACACGUACCUUAUUUAUGUAGUUACCUCAAGUUGCAGUGUUCUCGAAA